AUGUCGUCGAAGGUCUCUCCCCUCCACGGGGUAGUGGACGCCCGCCGGUGGGACGCCGAGCGCAUCCUGGGCCGUCUAGUGAUCGUCGUCCACGCCGCCAUCCUCGACGCGGGCUUCAUCGUCUCCCGCCCCCACCGUCGGGAUCGGGAUCUGUCGUCUACCUGCUGGCUUCCGACAGAGCUGGGCGAGACGGCCUCGACCCUGUCCCUGGGCCUGGAGUACACCGCGCCACAGCUGCUGCCCCGGCACGACAUGGACGGCGCCGCGCUGAGCGUGUGCACCAACGGGCGGCACGUCAUCUUCUACCUGCAGGCCUGCUCUGUCCGGACCGGCAUGUACAGGGUGCGCCUGGACGCGCUCUCCGUCGCGCCGCUCCUGUCGGGUGAUCUGGAUGGCACGGCGCGCAGGCUGCUGGGGAACGACGGCUCCCCGACGGCCGCGCUCUGGAGGAAGGUCAGCGACGGAUUCAGCCGGCGCAUCUUCUCGGAUCUAUGCCGUGAGCACGGCGUGGUGCCGGGACGAGUCCCCACCUUCAUGUCCCUCCCGAGCGACAUGAUGGCCGCGAUCCUGGAGAGGCUUGCCGACGGGAAGGAUCUCCUGAGGGUGGAGAGCACCUGCACCGAGCUGAGGCGCUUGGUGGCCGAGCCCGACCGGGACCGCCAGCUCUGGAUGCCCACGUACAAGGCGCUACGGUGGAACAGGCUGCGGUGGUGGUGCUGGUCGCUCGGCGGCGACGGCGAUUCCCACGACGAACUGCCGGAGACGAGCACGAGCUGGAAGGAGAUGUUUGUGCGGGCCACGCGACGGAGGGAACAUUGGUGGUUUCUUCGUCCGACUCGUAUCCUCAACUCACCGCGGUUUUCUAUCCUCGAUUCAUGGAAUUGGCAUUUUGGAUCCGAUUCAUUUGAGCUGCUGGUGGAUGCCGCUGCCUACUUUGGAGAGAUGAUGCCGGAGGGCGACGGGGGCAAGAAUACCAACGGUCGCCGCCAUGGCCAUGGUAAGGCGCCGGCGACAGGCGGCCACGAGAAGCAGAAGCAGCAGGGCCGUCGCACCCGCACUGGCACCGGCGCUAUCCACUCCCCGUCUUCUAGGUACCGAUGGAAGCACAGGUGA